AUGUCUCAACCAUCUAUCCUUAUCGUCGGUGGAGGAGCCUUUGGGACCUCCACGGCAUACCAUCUCUCUCAUCGGGGAUAUGCCGACGUGACAAUUCUCGAUCGCUUUGCUGCUCCAUCAAAAGACGCGGCAGCAACGGAUCUGAACAAGAUCGUCCGUUAUGAUUAUCCAAACCCGCUUUAUACCAAGCUCGGGCUGGAGGCCAUGCGUGUAUGGAAGGAUCCAAACUCCUUGUUUCGUGACUUGUUUCGCCCAACCGGAUGGAUUAUGUCUGCCCACGAAAUGACUCGCGAUUUUCUGAAAGCUGCGUAUGAAAGUGGUGUAAAGGAAAAGCGCAAGGGGGUGAAGUGGAUGAGUAUUGCUGAGACCAAGAGCAAAUGGCCUGAAUUCACGGGUUCCUUUGAUGGGUGGACAAAUUUGUGGAGUCCAGAAGCUGGAUGGGUCCCUUCUGGCGAGGCACUUCUUCGUUUCGCGACUGCGGCUCAAGCGAAUGGAGUCAAGUAUGUAUCUGGCAAUGCUGGAUUUGCAAAGAAGAUCCUCUAUAACGACGAGGGAGCUUGUGUUGGCGUCCUCACUGCAAACGGACAAGCCCAUCUCGCUGACAUCGUCAUUCUCUGCACGGGAGCCAACACCGCGACUCUUAUUGACGCGAAAGAUGAAAUCGUGGCAAGGUCCCACUGUGUUGGUAUUAUGCAACUGACUCCCGACGAAGUCGAGAAGUACAAGAAUCUUCCGAUCGUUGACGACUUUGAGCAAGGAAUCUUGUUCCCGCCUGAUGCCAACGGACUUUUGAAGAUUUGCAGUUGCCGGUUUAUAACCAACUACUACAAUUCGUUCGUUGCGGGAGCAUCCAUAGGGCAUUCCCACGCCGAUUAUCCGGAAGAUGGUGUGCCUCGAGAGAUCGAAGAAGAAAUGCGCUCUUUCGUGCGUGACAUGAUUCCCGACCUAGCGGAUAGACCGUGGGUUUCCACCCGGAUGUGCUGGGACGGAGACACCAAGGACGUCAACUUCCGAGUUUGCCCUGCGCCCAAGGCUAAAAACCUCUUCGUUGCCACUGCGGGAUCUGGACAUGGAUUCAAGUUCAUGCCUAUCAUUGGCAAAUAUAUCGCGGACAUGUUAGAGGGCACCAUGAGUAAGGAUUAUGUGGAAUUAUGGAAAUGGCGAUUCGGUGCAAUUCCACCGAGGACUGGAAAGGAGCCUCAUCCAUGGCCACAAAGAGAUCUUGGAGAGCUCAGUGGGUGGAAGGGAAGAAACAAGCGUCUGAUCCAGGGAAAACUUUAA